UUAUCCUUUCUCACUGGGUUGUGGAUGAGGCUAUUUUCCUUCCCCCCCUCCCUCCCUCCACUCUUGUUCCCGUCUUGAUUUUUCCCCUCCUCUCUCUCCUUGAAAGUGUGAUUACAAAUAAUCUAUAUAUCUCAAACAAACAAAAGGCAAGCAGAGAGGGGGAAGAAAAAAAAAGGGCGUCUGGAUUGACCGAAAAGGGCUUUUUUUCCCUCUCUCUCCCUCUUCUCUCCUUUUUUAAUGAACAGAACUAAAACCCCAUCACGAAACCCCAAACACAAACCUAAAAGAAAAAGGUUGGAGUUUGCCAUUUUUUUGCUCCGCAGCAGCCGAAGCUACAACAUGGAUGUGUUGGCUAGUUAUAGUAUAUUCCAGGAGCUGCAGCUUGUCCACGACACCGGGUACUUCUCCGCUUUGCCAUCCCUGGAAGAGAACUGGCAGCAGACAUGCCUUGAGCUUGAACGAUAUCUUCAGACAGAGCCUAGAAAGAUCUCAGAAAGUUUUGGUGAUGACUUGGAGUGUUUUCUUCAUAAUUCCUCAGCUCACGGCACGGAAGACAGUAUCCAGCGAUUGGACCCUCUGUUAUUACCAGUAGACAUGAGUACUUGUGACAAAAACACCAACAUGGACGUUAUUCUCUCACGGGACAAAUUGUUAUCUGAGACUUGCCACAACCUACAGCCUACCAGCUCCUCUACAGAGAGUUACACUGCCGUUAACCAGGCCCAACUCAACGCAGUGACCUCAUUAACGCCCCCUUCCUCUCCUGAGCUCAGUCGUCAUCUUGUAAAAACCUCACAGACUGUCUCUGCAGUGGAUGGCACAGUUACCCUGAAAUUAGUGGCAAAGAAAGCUGCCCUCAGCUCAGUAAAAGUCGGUGCGGUAACUCCGGCCAGCACAACAAAGUGUGCGCUCAGCGACACUGAGCAAGGAGGGGCAGGGGGUGACGCAUCCCCCGAAAACAAGAAGAGGGUUCAUCGCUGUCAGUUUAAUGGGUGCCGAAAGGUUUAUACAAAGAGCUCACACUUAAAAGCGCACCAGAGGACUCACACAGGUGAAAAGCCUUACAAGUGUUCGUGGGAAGGGUGUGAAUGGCGUUUUGCACGAAGUGAUGAACUCACACGGCACUACAGGAAACACACGGGGGCAAAGCCCUUUAAGUGCAACCAUUGUGACAGGUGUUUUUCAAGGUCUGAUCACCUUGCUCUCCAUAUGAAGAGGCACAUCUAAAUAACAAGCUUAUUCAGUGUGGCCCAGAUGCAAUCAGACCUCUAAGCGUCAUGGAGAAAAGGGCAGAACAAGAUUGUCUGUCUCUUGCCGCCUUUCAGGAGAAGAGAACUUGAUCACAUGUAAACCUCUGUACACAAAACAUGCACUAAAAGCUGUCAUGCACCUAACUAUACUUAAUUAGAUUUGCCUGUCUCAACAGCUUGCCCGUCUGGAGGGCAGAAGACACAGAGGAAGAAAAGAUUGCAGGAGGAGUCAGUGAAACGCAGCAUUGCUUAUGACACUUCAGGAUUCUCAGUUUUUUGUUCCCAGUUCAUUGCCAAUGGAAACAAAAGCAGAUAGAAGAGGAUUCUGUACACGUGAACAGUAAUCAGAGGGGCAUAUGUAACUUGCUUCACAGUGCAACUUGAUGAUGGAAGGAUCUAGUUUGGGGGAGGGAAGGACACAUGAUUUUGGAGUUGCAUAUUUGUAGCACUAACUUUUCUUUUUAAAAUAGAUUUUGGAAGGGAAACUAAUGACCUAGAAAAACCAAAUCCCAGUGUGGUAGCCAAAACAUUAGUCUCUUGGUUCCUUUCUGUUUCUGUUUUUUGAGACUCCUUUAUGUACAACAAUGUAUCAAGACUCCUCAAGAAAACUCUGAUGUGCUCUGGCUCUGUUUCUUCAUUGAAUUGACCCAUCAGGAUCCGUUUAAGUCAAUACCAAUGGCCUUAAUUGGCAGUAGACUGUGCAGUGACACCUAGGACACGCCUACCACCUUUCUUGCUUGAAUUGAUGUAAACUUCAUCGAGAAUAUAUAGUUUAUAUUA